ACUCCCGGCCGACUGCAUCAUCUGCGCAUUUCAUCACAACUGCAGCUACGGCCGGCAGACCAGCGUCACCUGCAGAGCCAAAGCAGGCGUUCAGUGUGUGGUGAGAGAGUGCUCUGAUGUGGGCUCGAACGAGCGGAGUCAGCCGGAGCAGAACUUCUCGCUGACGCUGGACUGCCGCUUCUGUUGGCAGCUGGAUCCGUCUCAGUACCGCUGCUCGAACUCCACCGGCUGCAUGACGGUGUCGUGUCCGCGCAGACGCUAUAACGCCAGCUGUGAGGUUCUGGAGCACGUGCACUGCUUGGGUACGAGCUGCGGCAUCAUGCUUCACACACACUUUGUGCUGCAUAAGCAAAAACAAUAAAUGCAUGACUACAGACUGCGGU